AUGUCCCUCUACUACGACGCUGUCACAGUCCUCACUGCCCCCACAUCAACCGGUGGUUCUUUCAAGUCCCGUAUCUACAACUCCCGCUCUCUCAAAUCCUCGCCUGCACAGCUGUAUGCGCUGAUAAUAGAGGCUUCGAAGUGGGACGUCCUCCUCAAGGAAGUCAUUGAAGCAGCGGGAAUUUUGAAGGUAGAACCAAAGCUUACUCCACGUCUGGCACUUUUUCUCGUGCACGAUCAUCUCCUCGCGAAGAAUGGCAUCGCAGCAGCGGCUUCCCACCCACUUCGUCAGGCGAUUGAGCGACAUAAAACACGACUGAAGGCCGAAUUUACUAAAGCCCGCGUGCGCCGUGGUUGUGCAUCUAUACCAGACUUAAAGGACGCCGUUCGUCGCGAGAAGGACUCUAUAAACGGUGUCUCGGCACUGUAUCCCCGCUGGGUGCGCAUUAACAAUGUCCGGACGGACCUGAAUACAGAGCUACAAUCGACAUUUGCCUCAUACCGCAAAGUUGACACUCUUCCCGAGCUUGUAGAGAAGGAUGAAUUCCGGGUGCGCAUCGAUCCGCACAUUCCGGAUCUCGUGGCUGUCGCUCCUGGCGUGGAUUUCUCGACGUCGCCAGCAUACCGCAACGGUGAGAUAAUCCUGCAAGAUAAAGCGUCUUGCUUCCCUGCGUAUCUUUUGCUCGGUGAUCAAGAGGUGUGGCAAGGAGAUUUAAUGGAUGGGUGCGCGGCUCCGGGGAAUAAAACAACCCACAUGGCUUCACUCCUAUGUAGGACAAAAAAGUCCCGCAGUCAUAUAUUCUCCAUGGAUGCCUCGCCUAUGCGUGCGAAGACGCUGCAGAAGAUGGUCUCUGCUGCUGGUGCCGAUCCGCUCGUCUCUGUCCUUCCCGGCCAGGAUUUUCUAGCGCUGGAUCCUCUGGACCCUCGAUUUGAGAAUGUUACCGGACUCCUUCUGGACCCCAGCUGCUCCGGAAGUGGGAUUAUCGGCCGCGACGCAGUCCCAACCCUUGUUCUACCCUCUGGGUCUACUGCGCCCGAGAAACAAAGGCGCGGCAGUCAAGGAAAGAAGCGCAAGCGUCGGCAUGAUGAACCGGAAGACCGCCAGGAACAAACUGCAGAGGCUUCAGUGGCAGCUAACUCCGAUACGGAUGAAAACGAGCUCUCUAGCUCACAUCUCGAUCCGGAGCGUCUAACUAAACUUUCAAACGUCCAAACCCGCAUUGUUGAACACGCUCUAUCUUUCCCAGCUGCUACCCGCAUCACAUAUAGCACGUGCUCUGUCCAUCUAGUCGAGAACGAGGCCGUUGUUUCGCGUAUCCUUGCAUCCGAUGUGGCGAAACGUCGCGGGUGGCGUAUUAUGCGACGAGAUGAGCAGCCUCAGGGAUUGAGGGCAUGGAAACAUCGAGGCGUUCGCACUGAGGAGUCUCGAGCUAGGGAUGGUGCCGUUCAGGCCCCCGAUAUUAAGGUUGACUUAUCUGAUGAGGAACUGGAAGGCUGUUUGCGCUGUUGGCCGGGUGAUGAUGAGGGACUAGGAGGGUUUUUCGUGGCUGGGUUUAUUCGUGAUAAGGAGCUUGCUUGGGACGGGGAAGCUGAUGAUCCCGGUCGCUUUUCAAACGGGAAUGAGGAAGACGAGGAAGAUGCCGAGUGGGAGGGGUUCUCGGAUUAG